UGGUGUUAUAAUUUUAAUACUUAACAGUUGAAAAUUGCCAAUGUUAAUCAAACUUUACGCAAUCCGUUUCGUUUGGUGGGUUUAUUUAUGGUCAAUUUUAUCCAUUGAAUUCAUCAAUACAACUAACGAAACUGAAUCGAAUCAGAUAUGUCAUUCACUUGCCAAGGAUGAGGAUGAAGCUCAAGGUACAAAUGAGCUGAACAUUUUGGCAGUAGGUUUAACUCGAAAGAAUUUUCUGCUUAUAACAAGAAAUUUUUAUGUAUAUGAAAUGCCCAAAGAAUCAUUCGAUUCAAGCACCAAUAAAUUAUAUUUAAAUGCAACACCUAUACCAAUGUCGGUCAAAUUUCCCACUCUUUUUGAAUCGUCUGAUUUCAACAAAAUUAAGACAAAAUCGUUCACUGUAUUCAUACUCAUAAGGAAGAAUGAUGACUCUGAUUUGCUUUUUAUAACCCCAUGGAAAAAAGAAACGAGAGUGAAUGGCCUCACAUUCAAUCUAAUCAAUCAUGGAAUACAAGAAGGCAUUCAUUUCUCUCAAGAAUUUAAAGAACUAGCAAUAUCAUCCGACGAAUAUGCUACAUUUUAUACCUUACAUCAUUCAAACACAACAAAUGGAUUGGAAAUAGCUCUUUAUUAUUGUAUUUUCUUGGGCAAUUGUGAUCUAAAAAAUACAUUUAGAUUGAUUUGUUAUGGCGAUAAACAUAAGCAGACGAUUAUCAUCAAAAAUUAUGAUGAAAUCUGUGAAAACGAUCCGGUAAAAUGGCCAAUAACAACUGGUUUUGUAGCCAAUAAUCAUUUCUAUUUAUUCGAAAAGAAUUAUGUACUAAUUUUCAGUGCAGAUGCUUAUUCCGAGGCCAAUAAAGCUGUACCAAUCGAGAAACGUAAAUUGUCUUCGUUUUUCAUCUGUUCUGAAACUAGUUUUUUAGCGAAAAAUGGUUUUAUUAUAAUGAUCAUUUUGUUCAUAUUGCUGCUCGCCCUAUGCUGCCUUGCCUUGCUGAUUCGUUAUAAAAAUUCAAUUUUCCCUAAUUUUUCGAAAAAAAAUCUUUCAACAUUUAAUUCGAAACAGCAAAAACAAACAACGGAUAUUGAAGAAACCAGUAGUAAUAAAUUACCGAAAACUACUACUACUACUAAUGAGAAUACUACUUCAUCAUUAUUGACCAAUAAAACAAGAUCAUCAGAAUUGAAAUCUCUGCCAGAAAUUCCUUCCAAGACUCACCAAACAGUAGUGAAAGUGAAAUUUUCGAACAAUUUUAAUGAAAUUAAAAACAUUAAAUUGAAUUUUAAAUAGUUCGAA